AUGUUUCUACCUAUUGUUGGAGCCAUAGCUACAGUUAUUGGAGCAGCAUUGGAAGCGAAUGGAUCACGGUCAACUCGUCGACAAAAUCAUGUGACAACAUCUCUGAUUAAUCAGAUAGCUGAAAUGCGUGAAGAAGUUGAAAAUAAACGUCGAGAUAUAGAGAAAUAUGAGAAGAAAGUCAGAAGAAAAAACAUGAAAUCAUUCGAUGAUAUUUUGAAAGAUGAAAAACGACGACAGAAAGCUCUUGCUAAAUUAGCUCGUAAAACUGGAUCGAUUAAAAGACAAGGUAACAAUAUUGGUAUAUUUGGUUUAGCAUCAACUGGAAAAUCAACAAUGGUAAAUAGUCUUCUUGGAAAAACUGUUGCUGAAACAGGUGUUGGUGAAACAACAAAAGAAAUAACAGAAUAUCAUGGUAUGGGUUAUACACUUUGGGAUACACCUGGUCGUAAUGAUGAAUUAUCAUAUUCUAAUGAGAAAUAUAUUUCUUUUAUCAAAGGAUUAACACGACGUCUUAUUUUAAUUCAAUAUACAAUAAAAGAAAAUUUAAAUUUAAUUCGUUUAUUUGAUGAUCUUGGAUUAGGUUAUGAUAUUGUUGUUAAUAAAUUUGAUGAUAUUGAUGAAGAUGAACAAUCACAAUUUCAAUAUCAAAUUCAACGUGAAAUUGAAUUAUACCAAUUGAAACAAAAGAAAAAUAUUUUUUUUCUUAGUGCUAAAUAUCCUAAAAUGUUUCCAGAUUGGUUACAAAUGGUUAAUUAUUUAACUGAAGAAUGUCUUGAUUAUGAAGAUUCGAAUACAUCAUCGAGUUCGGAUACUGAUGAUGAUAAUUGA